AUGGCCCGGACCAAGCAAACGGCGCGCAAAUCGACCGGAGGGAAAGCUCCCCGCAAACAACUGGCCACCAAAGCGGCGCGGAAAAGCGCUCCGGCCACGGGCGGAGUGAAGAAGCCCCAUCGCUACCGGCCCGGCACCGUGGCUCUGAGGGAGAUCCGGCGCUACCAGAAAUCCACCGAGCUGCUCAUCCGCAAACUGCCCUUCCAGCGCCUGGUGCGGGAGAUCGCUCAGGACUUCAAGACCGACCUGCGCUUCCAGAGCUCGGCCGUCAUGGCCCUGCAGGAGGCCAGUGAAGCUUACCUGGUGGGGCUCUUCGAGGACACCAACCUGUGCGCCAUCCACGCCAAGCGAGUCACCAUCAUGCCCAAGGACAUCCAGCUGGCCCGCCGCAUCCGUGGGGAGCGCGCCUGAAUCCGGCCUCGGCACCAAGCACAACAAAAGGCUCUUUUCAGAGCCACUAACUCAGUAGUGGAAAGGGCUGUCAUUUCCUAUUCACUCAG